CCGCGGGGGGGGGGCCUGGGAGCGAGGUCCUGCGAGGGGGUCCCAGCCCCGCGCCAUGCAGAACGCUUUGGAUGCCUGGCAGGAGCUGCAGGACGACUUCCAUCAGCUGCAGGAAACCCACAAGAUUUACAAACAGAAAUUGGAGGAACUCACGAGCGUGCAGACGGCUUGCAGCAGCUCCAUCAAGAAGCAAAAAGAGAGGCUGAAGGAGCUGCAGAAUAACUUUAAGAGAUGCGGCGGCCAGGACAGUUCAGAAACGGAGCUCAUGCUGCAGAUCAAGAACCAGAUGCGCGAUCGCCAGAAUGUUUUCUUCGACAUGGAGGCCUAUUUGCCGAAGAGGAACAGUCUGUACUUAAAUCUGGUGUUGGGGAAUGUUAAUGUGACUCUGCUAAGCGACCAGGCCAAGUUUGCCUACAAAGACGAAUAUGAAAAAUUCAAACUCUAUUUAACCAUCAUCCUGUUGCUAGGGGCGGUUGCUUGUCGGUUCGUUCUCCAUUAUCGGGUCACCGAUGAAGUGUUCAACUUCCUCUUGGUUUGGUAUUACUGCACGCUGACGAUAAGAGAAAGCAUCCUCAUCAGCAAUGGAUCAAGGAUUAAAGGUUGGUGGGUGUUGCAUCAUUACAUUUCUACGUUCUUAUCUGGCGUGAUGCUAACGUGGCCAGAGGGUCUCAUGUACCAAAUAUUCCGGAACCAGUUUUUAUCUUUCUCCAUUUUUCAGAGCUGUGUCCAGUUCCUUCAAUAUUAUUACCAAAGUGGCUGCCUUUAUCGACUUCGUGCCCUGGGAAAAAGAAACCACCUGGAUCUCACAGUGGAGGGGUUUCAGUCCUGGAUGUGGCGAGGACUGACGUUUCUCCUCCCUUUUCUGUUCUUCGGACAGUUUUGGCAGCUCUACAAUGCGAUCAUCCUUUUUGAACUGUCCAGGCACGAGAAGUGUAAAGAAUGGCAAGUUUCGGUCCUGGCUCUGACAUUUCUCAUCCUCUUCCUCGGAAACUUCCUCACCACCCUGAAAGUGGUCCAUACAAAGUUGCAGAAGAACAAAACCAAGAAAUUGUGAAAGAGGACGACUGAACUGGCGGGCAGGACCAGCCGACGUGGGAUGGAGUCCUGCUUCGCGGUGGCCUUCUCUGCAUGUGUUCCAGCUAGUUCUCCAGCUUCCUGACCGGCCCGCCGCUAAGCGAAGCCCUGGAGGAAAUUCCACUCGACGUCCUGUUGCGUCCUCCAGAACUGACUGAUUUAGUUAAUGCUGCUGUCUUCCUACCAAUGAAUGACCUGUUUAUAUAUUUAUACCGAAUGCAAGAUCACAAAUUUUUUUUUUUUGGGGGGGGGAGCCAUAAUGUUGGCCCUCCCUAGGAGAGACAUGGAUGGGAGUCUUUUUUUUCUUUUCUUUAGAGGAGAUAGAAUUAUUCUGGAAUAAAGCGAGCUUUAAUUGUGCUGAUGUUUGACGUGCCAGAGUUGGGGAAAUCUUUCUGCCUCUUAAUGCCCUCCAAUCCAGAGAGUUUCUUAGAAAUUUGCGGAGUUGCAAUUGCUUGAAUAGGGGCCCCACAUCUCUCUCUCUCUCUCUGCCGUCACUUGGGGGGCAAAAUUAUGUCAAUUUUGGCUUUGGAUGCUCAGGCUGUUUUUAUGAUAUAGGCAGGAGUCUCCAUUCUUCUUUUAUUUCAGCCAAAAUCUUUAGCAAGGAUGGGAGAUAAGAAAUUACAAAAUCAUCUUGCAGCUCGGAGGCAGUGGGGGGGGGGGAAUCACAAUUUGUUCCUGGCUUUGUUGACCCAAAGAUUGCAGUGAUGAUUUCCAUAUUCUUCCCUUGAAAUUUCUUAGCGCUUCAAGGGGCAGGAAAUGGCAAAGAAAGAACAGCUCCAGAGGGUUUCCCCCCCUCCGCCUCCCUGCGAUUCUGUAACAUAACUUUAAGCUGUAGGAUGUGUUUCUUGUGAGGCCUUUUCAGGAUUAGUUGUGAAGAAUUUUUGGAGAACAUGGAUCACUUGAGUAUCCCUAGUCUUCCUGCCCACAGGGGCUAAAUUCUCUGCUGAAGAGAGUCCUGGAAAUGACAGGUGCAAGCUGGAAUCCAAGGCAAAACUUUUCUCUGCUUUGAUGCAUGCUAUGUGCACUCAGGUAAAUUCUGCUAAUUAAAAUCUUGAGUUAUUUGGUG